UGUCACCGAGUGGGGACAUCGCAGGGGUGGCCCCUGCUGGGCGGUGGCCAUGGCUCCUUGGCGUGGUUGGCCAUGAGCUGUGUCCUCCCGGGGCAGCUGCGUGCUCAUUGCUUGCAGUGUGAGGAGGCAGAAAGUUGGCUUUUAAAGGCUGCUGUAUAAAUGGAAACCGGCUUCGAAACUCCCCAGAUGAGCCAGUCAGGUUCUGACUCAGAACUGCAGUUAGUAUUUAAAGAAGAAAAAAUGAUAAAACCACCACUGGCAACAGCCUAAAAACUCUGUCUUCUUAUGACUCAACGUAUAGAAACACUUAGUUUUAGUGAACUCCAUUAUCGGAAAGAAAAGAUCAGCCUUAAUCGGAGUUAAAGUAGGAGGCGGUGUCGGCGUGCGUGCGGAUGCGCUGCCGGGAGCGUAGCUGUGCUGGUGACGUUUUUACACGCGCACACCUUGCUCCAUGCGCAGGGACGUGGCGGGGCUGAGCUGUGGGCGCAGCGGUGACGCCGCACUUUGCCCCGUGAGGAACGCGGCGCUGGUGGCCUUGGCCCCGGGCCGGCUGGGCCCUGCCUGCCCUGGGCUCCAGGGAGACAAUGCACGGCUGAAGCCGGCUCCUGGGACGCUGCGGCGCAGGUGUUCUGGUGGAAGAUCCGUCGCACAUUUAUGGCGAUUCUGAGCGUGAGGGCAGACUUCUGCCAGGCCCAGCACAGCGCCCUGGCUGACAAGUGAGCGCAGGGCCGUCGCGUGCCACACUUACUUUGCCUUGAGGACUCCGGACACAGCGAACACACUCAAAUAUAUGGGAUAUCUCCUGCACUUUGGAAGCAUAUUCCUUUUACUGACUCUAGCAAAACGAAGCGUCAAGAAAACAAAGUGGAGAGAAAACCUGCCCUUACUUUUUUGCCUCACCAGUGCCUAAAUGUAGAACAGGCUGCCUAGUCUUGCACAUAGAGUUUUGGAGUCUGAAGGAUACCACCUGCAGUAAUCGAGGCCGAAGCUGAAUUCACGUGGAUUCUGAAGCCAACCUGCUUUUCUAGAAGCGAAACCUUUAAGGAACGAACACGUCAACGCAAGCUCUGAUCGAUCCCAGCCAUUUUAGUGGUCUUUUAAUGUUUUCUGCUGUGAAACGUUUCCAAAGUUAUUGAUUUUUUUUUCUUCUUCUUUUUUUUUUUAAAAAAUUUUUUUGGCCCCUCACCCAUUUUGUUUGCCAUUAUGAACCGUCCAGCCCCCGUGGAAAUCAGCUACGACGGGAUGCGUUUCCUCAUCACUCACAACCCAACCAACGCGACCCUCAGCAGGUUCAUAGAGGAGCUGAAGAAGUACGGAGUGACAACCUUGGUGCGAGUCUGUGAUGCCACUUACGAUAAGGCUCCUAUCGAAAAAGAAGGAAUCCAAGUUCUAGACUGGCCGUUCGAUGACGGAGCACCGCCCCCCAGUCAGAUCGUUGAGGACUGGCUAAACCUGUUGAAAACCAAAUUUCGUGAAGAGAGUGGAUGCUGUGUCGCUGUUCACUGUGUUGCAGGGUUGGGAAGGGCUCCUGUCCUGGUUGCACUUGCUCUCCUUGAAUGUGGAAUGAAGUACGAAGAUGCAGUUCAGUUUAUAAGGCAGAAAAGGAGGGGAGCUUUCAAUUCCAAACAGCUGCUUUACCUUGAGAAAUACCGACCUAAGAUGCGAUUACGCUUCAAAGAUGCCAACAGUCACUGCUGUGUUCAAUAGAAAAUCUCAGAUGAAGAUGGCACUGUUUUCUGGACUCUUGGCACCUGGAAAUGUGAAUCUGGAAUCAAACUGCGUCAUCUAAUGAGCGGUGGAGUUAGUGCUCCUCAACCUCUGUCCUAAUGAUGGUGAUGAUUGGAAAAAAUAAAAUAAAAAAAUUAAGAGAAACAUUUCAGUGAAGGAUUAUUUUCUCCUUAAGCUGCAGUUUGAACAUCUGCAAGGAGAAAAUCAGUUUCCGAACCCUCUGUAUUUUUAACUUUUUAAGAAAAGAAAUAAAGUAAAUUUUAUGUCUAAGGAAAACCAGCAGA